AUGUCUUCUACUUCUGAUCCAAAACUUGCCGAUGGCGACGCCGCGACGAAUGCAUCAACAACACCGGAGAGAGAUCGCACUCCCGAACCACCCUUCAGCAUAUUUGAUAAAAGACAAAAAUGGCUAAUUAUUAUCAUUGUCUCUACCGCUGCGACUUUCUCUGGUUUCGCAUCAAACAUCUAUUUCCCUGCCUUACCAACAAUUGCAAACGACCUCAAUGUCUCUAUUGAACUUGUCAACCUUACUGUCACAUCAUAUCUCAUCUUCCAGGGCCUAGCGCCUAGUCUUUGGGGUCCAAUUUCCGACGUGAAGGGACGUCGAACAGCAUACAUGGGCACAUUUCUUGUGUUUUUUGGAGCAUGCAUUGGACUCGCAGAGACGAAAAACUACGCUACUCUUAUUGUUUUACGAUGCCUUCAAAGUACAGGCAGUGCCAGUACGAUUGCAAUCGGGUCUGGUGUGAUCGGUGACAUUACCACUCGCGCAGAACGUGGAGGCUAUAUGGGAAUCUUUCAAGCAGGGUUGCUUGUUCCUGUUGCCGUGGGCCCAGUGAUUGGAGGUGCGAUUUCUGGAUCGUUGGGAUGGAAAGCAAUCUUUUGGUUCUUAACCAUUUAUAGUGGUAUUUUUCUCUGCGUGCUUAUUUUGAUAUUACCUGAGACACUCCGAUCGAUUGUCGCCAACGGAAGCCGGCUACCAUCGAAUCCCUUGGUGAAAUACCCGCUGAAUACUUAUCAGAAAACAACCAAAGUCGAGUGGCAGCAAGGACAGGAUUCACCUCCCGCGGCGAAGAAGACUAUUGAUCUUCUGGGUCCCUUCCGAAUCCUCUUCAGCAAAUACGCAACUCCUAUUAUCGCCUUUCUUGCUAUCUAUUAUGCCGUCUGGCAGAUGAGUAUCACUGCCAUGUCGUCGCUUUUCCAAGACAAGUAUGGCUUGACUGAGAUCCAAAUCUGUCUGACCUUCAUCGCCAACGGCGUAGGAUCGAUGGUCGGAACGUUAGUGACGGGCAAGAUCCUUGAUAUCGACUAUCGCCGCGUCAAGGCCAGGUAUGAGGCUUCAUUUGACAACGAGCGACACAAUGAGGUUUCUCGGGCCAGCUGUGAUGAUAACUUCCCUCUUGAAAAGGCGCGUCUUCGACUCGUGCCCAUCUUCUCUAUUCUACAGUGCCUAUCUAUCAUUCUCUUCGGCUGGGCUAUCCAAUAUCCUCACAAAGUGCACAUUGCGGUCCCUAUCGUCUCUACUUUCAUUACAGGAUGGACUGCUAUCUCGACACAAUCCCUUAUCAUGACCUACUUGGUGGAUAUUUUCCCCGAUAGGAGUGCAGCAGCCAGUGCUAGUUUGAAUCUUGCGAGAUGUCUAUUUGCCGCUGGUGGGACGAGUUUUAUCAUGCCCAUGAUCAAUGGCGUCGGUGUGGGAGUGGCCUUCACGAUCUGUGCCGCUGUACAAUUGGUGGCACUGAUCGGUCCUACAGUUCAGUGGAAGUUUGCCGCUGGAUGGAGAAGGAAAGAGAGGGAAGAGGGUGCAUUGAGGGUCGAGGGAAAGAAUUCUGCUUAGACAGACUAAUACGGCCACAGUCGCAUCGUGCUCAUGAACGACGGUCAAUCCAGCCCAAACCUUCAUGUAGCUUGGUUAUAUGGAUCUACCCUGGGCUACAAGGUCAAGCCUUGUAGCGUUGGCAUGCGUUGCACAUCACUAUCACUCUAAAAGUCUUCGUUGAAUAUGCUUUUCCUGUGUAGUUAUAACUACCAGGAGAAGGUGAAUAGGGUAAUAAAAUAUAGG